GCGGCGGCGGGGCUGGGCCGGGGCCGGGCGCUGGGGGGGCCGGGGCAGGAUCUGGAGCCGGAGCUGGAGGAGGGCGAAACCCGAGUGGCCGGGGGCGGCCACGGUGAUGAGCCCGGCCUGGCGGACGCGGCGCCAUCGCAGUCAGAAGGAAAAGGCCAGGCUGAAGGAACUUGCUGAGCCGCUGCUCUGCUCCAUGCUGGCUAUGUUCUCAGGCUGGCACCAUGCCACCCCCUGCAGAGGUGACGGAUCCGUCCCAUGCCCCUGCUGUCCUGCAUCAGCUCAAUGAGCAGCGGCUCCGUGGCCUCUUCUGUGAUGUCACCCUCAUAGCUGGAGACACCAAGUUCCCUGCUCACCGCAGCGUCCUGGCUGCCUCUAGUCCCUUCUUCCGAGAUGCCCUACUAGCUUCAGCUCCACUGCCCCUCCCACCGGUCACUGGUGGCUCAGCUCCCAGCCCUGCAACCACCGCAGCUGCCUCUUCCUCUUCCUCCUCUCCCCCUCCAGCCUCUCCUCACUCUUCAACCCCUCCACGGGUCCUAGAGCUGCCCGGUGUCCCGGCAGCUGCCUUUUCCGAUGUCCUCAACUUCAUCUAUAGUGCCCGGCUUGCACUCCCUGGUGGGGGAGGGGAUGGGGCAUCUGUGGCUGAGAUUGGAGCUCUGGGGCGGCGGCUGGGUAUCUCCCGCCUACAGGGCCUGGGGGAAGGAGGCGAUACGUGGGUACCUCCUGCUCCUCCCCUGGCCUCCUCACAGCCUGAGGAGCAUGGUUUAGGGCCAGGACCUAGAGCAGAUGGCCAGUGGGAGGGUAACAAAGCUGAGGCCCAGGCUCCUGACUCACAGCCCUCCUUGUCCCGGAGGCCCUUUCUCUGCCCUCGAUGUGGAAAAAGCUUCAUCCAUCCCAAGCGGCUGCAGACACACGAGGCCCAGUGUCGACGGGGGUCCAACCCUCAGGGGUCUGCAGGCCUAGGAGCUGGGGCCCCUGGCCCUGGAGGGCCUGCAGGAGUGGAUGCCUCAACCCUGCCAGCACCAGUGGGCUUCAGAGAUGGCCCUGAGCAUGUGGUGAAGGUGGUGGGCGGCCAUGUGCUCUAUGUGUGUGCGGCCUGCGAGCGUUCCUACGUGACCCUGUCCAGCCUGAAACGGCACAGCAAUGUCCAUUCGUGGCGGAGGAAGUACCCCUGCCGCUACUGUGAGAAGGUGUUUGCCCUGGCUGAGUACCGCACCAAGCACGAGGUGUGGCACACCGGGGAGCGCAGGUACCAGUGCAUCUUCUGCUGGGAAACCUUUGUCACCUAUUAUAACCUGAAGACCCACCAGCGAGCCUUCCAUGGCAUUAGCCCCGGCCUCCUAGCCAGUGAGAAGACACCCAAUGGAGGCUACAAGCCCAAGCUUAAUACCCUCAAGCUGUACCGCCUGCUCCCCAUGCGGGCAGCCAAGCGGCCAUACAAGACCUACAGUCAGGGAGCCCCUGAGGCCCCUCCUUCUCCAAGCCUCCACACACCGAUCCCUGCAGCAAUGCCAGCCAGCCCCCCACUCCUGCUCCCACCUGCCCCAGAGCCUGGCCCUCCCCCCUCUGUCAUCGCCUUUGCUCACCCAGCUCCCUCUGUCAUUGUCCAUGGGAGCAGUAGCAGUGGUGGAGCCGGGGGUGGGCCAGCCAGCACAGGAGGGUCCCAAGCUGCCUCAGUCAUCACUUAUACGACUCCCCCAAGACCCCCCAAGAAACGAGAGUACCCACCUCCUCCCCCUGAGCCUGCAGCAACACCCACCAGUCCAGCCACAGCUGCAGGGCCAGGCUCAGCCACUGAGGAGGCCAAGGGCCGGAAUCUGCGGGCUGGGAGGACUCUGACUUAUACAGCCAAACCCGUGGGUGGGGUUAGUGGGAGUGGGGGUUCCCCCACAGGGACAGGCCGAGGCUCCUCUCAGCUUCAGGCUCCACCUCCACUGUGUCAGAUCACUGUGCGAAUUGGGGAGGAAGCCAUUGUCAAGCGUCGCAUCUCAGAAACUGACCUUCGUCCUGGAGAGCUGAGUGGAGAAGAUGUAGAGGAGAGUGAGGAAGAGGAUGAUGACGAGGACAAGGAGGAGGAGGACCAGGAGGAAUCCAAGGCUGGAGGAGAAGAUCAGCUCUGGAGGCCCUAUUAUUCAUACAAGCCUAAGCGCAAGGCUGGCACUACUGUCGGUGGCCUCAGCGGGGUCAGCGGACUGCCCCGAGGAGGACGAAGACCACCACGCUGGAAGCAGAAGCUGGAACGAAGGGCCUGGGAGGAGACCCCAUCAGUGGAGGGCCCAGGAGGACGAGCACGUGGUGAGCGUAGACACCGUUGUGGGGACUGUGCCCAGACCUUUGCCACCCUGAGGAAGCUGAGGAAGCACCAGGAAGCCCACAAUGGGGGCUCCCACGGCUCCAGGACUGGGAGGAGGUCUUCCACCCGAUUCACCUGCCCCCACUGUGCCAAGGUGUGCAAGACGGCAGCUGCCCUGAACCGACAUGGGCAGAGGCAUGCUGUGGAGCGACCUGGGGGCACUCCCACACCUGUCAUUGCCUACUCCAAAGGCAGCAUUGGCAUCAGGCCCACUGAGAUCAAGGAGGAGGCCCCCCAAGAGAUGCAAGUGUCUUCCUCAAGUGGGGAGGCUGGCAGUGCUGCUGCUGCAGCUGCAGCAGCCCCUGAAACUGCCUCUCUCCAAGACCCUGUCAUCUCUGGGGGUGAGGAGCCCCCAGUAGCAGCUGGGGGCAACUAUGUGUACCCACCUGUGCAGGAAUUUCCCCUGGCCCUGAUAGGAGGCAGCCGGGAGCCCUGUGGUGGCAGAGGAAAACCUGGGAAUGAGGGGCCAGUGGGAGCUUCUGAGGGAGACCGGGUGGAGGGGCUGGGGACUGCCAAAGUCACCUUCUACCCUGAACCGUACCCACUUGUCUAUGGCCCCCAGCUCCUUGCUGCCUACCCUUACAACUUCAGCAACUUGGCUGCUCUCCCAGUUGCUCUCAACAUGGUCCUACCUGAUGAGAAGGGGGGUGGGGCCCUUCCCUUCCUGCCAGGGGUCUUUGGCUACGCAGUGAAUCCUCAAGCAGCCCCCCUUACUCCACCAACUCCACCUCCCCCAGCUCUUCCUCUGCCAGUUCCCCCUAAGGGAAUAGGGGAUCCGGCAGGGGUUGAGAGAACCCAAAAGGGAGAUGUGGGGUGAGCACUAAGGCCAGAUCCCCUUUCACCAGAUGCCACCCUCCCCGAGCCCCCACCACUAUCAGCUCCCUGGCUUCCCUGCCCCUUGGGAGCCCCAUAACACUCUAGUGCAGGGAUUUGGGGGCCCCUGGAGCUCAGGAGUCAGGCUGCUUUGUGUGAUUGUAGUCUCCCCACCCCCUGAAAAGGGAUUUUUGGUGGUUCUCCUCUCAGUCUUUUCCAGGGAAUGGCCCCUGUGAGGGGAAGAGCCAGCUCCCAUCCCUUCUCCAGCCCUUGGGGCAACUGAGCAAUAUACUUAUCUGAAUCUCUACUUACAGCCCCCACCAGCUCUGAAUGUCUAACCUGCUCCCCUGAUUUGUAAACCUGGGGAAGCUCACCUAAUGAUGCCUGCUGUUCUGAAGCUCUCUCUAAGCCCUUCCCCCAUGCUUCCUAGCACAUUCCAUUCUUUGUGGCCCAGGGCCUGGACCAGACCAUUGUGAUAUCCACCCAAUAGCCUGGAAGCAUGGCUUUGGAUUCCGUUCUUCCCAAGGGUGGGUUUCUCUGUCCUUGUUUCUUUCAUAUUACGAUGCCAUGCUUCCUUGGCUUCCAUGCCUUUGGAUCUUCCAUAUUCCUUCCUGUGCUCCUAGACUUUGGAGAUGGCCUAACCCAAUCCAGGUCAAAAGGAGGUGGGAGGUGUUCUACAAGCCGAGCACUUUUUCAGUACAGGGCAGGGAAAUCUUGGGCCCUACCUUUACCCCCAAAUCCAGUGACUCCAGAUUCUUCUAAGAUGAAAGAGGUGAAUAGAUCAUAUCUCUUCUGGCCUUUAUACAUGGCUUCUUUGGGGCUAAACCGAGUUUGAGCACCAUGUCUGAAGCACUCCAUGUAGGAUGAAGAGACGACUCUCCCCCUGCCAGCCCUCACUAUGGUUUCUAGAUUAGACCAAAUAGCCAGAAAAUCGGUGGUGGUGGUGGUGGGGGUUCAUGUGUGAUAAACCCUCCACCCUUGCCUCUACCUUAUCUCCUCCAGUGUCACUGUCCUGCCAGUCACUCCACAUGGUUUCGAGGGCGCCAUCCUUCUCUUCCGGUGGGCUUUGGGGUAUCCCCACCAACUAUGCCUCCAAAAUAGCACCUUAUACCCCAUCUCUGACUCAGUUCCCCACACCCAAAGAUCCCAGCCUAGGGAUGGGGUGCAGGGAUUUUAAAUAGUCCCUAAUCCCUAAUUUGCACUAGUUAACCCUGGUCAGGGGUCCUAUGUUUCCUUCCAGUGGGGAUGAUAAAGAAAGGUUUGUUCCUAAUUCUUGUGGAAAAUGGGGCCUCCCUAAUGUGUGAUUACCCACCACACCUCCCCCACAAAAAAAAAUCUCACAAGGGGAGAGCCAGUUGAGGGGAGCAACUUUGAUGUGGGAAUUAGAGGAGCAUGACUUUUAAAAAGAGAAAGACUGUUUUAAUCAAAAUGACAGCCUUUCUGUCAGCUACUGUUUUCUGGGGCCAAGAUGGCUGCCCUCUGACCUACUGUGGAGAGGGCAAGAUCAUGGCUUUGGAGGGAGAUGAGUUUGGAAAGGCCAGGAGCAUCUUCCUGCCCCUUCCUAACCUCCCAGUACAUAGGAAGGGGGAGGUUUUGGACAGGCUUCCUGAAUGUUAAUCCUAGAGGGGCCGCUCCAGUCCUCCUCUGUCUUUUUGCACUUUUCUUGGUCUUGGCCACAGCCUGAGUGAAGAAUUUCCUACUGAAUGUACCAAGUUCCAGUUUUUAAGGGGGAAAAAGUUUCAAACAGGGAAAAAUGGGGGAAAUGAAAAAUGAAAAAAAAAAUCACUAAAAAUUCCCAUAAAUCUUAUUUCAGGCACUUUAGAAAAACUGCAAAAAAAUACAUAAUAAAGAAUACCUAUAUAUAUCUACACACAAAUUAUAUAUAUAAAUAUAUCUAUAUAUACAGCGGAACCACAAGAGAGACUGAGGAAGGCCUGAAGGCAGGGGCAGCUAUGACAAGUCUCCUGUCCCCUUCAGCUGUACUCCUCUGAGGAAGUCAGGAGAGUAGAAGGGGUGAAAAUGGACUGUGGAAUUUGAAUUUCAGAAUAGAUCAAAAUUCCAAAACCACGCACCUUUUGAAAGAAUCGAGAUUAUAAGUGUUUAUUUUGUUUUUUAAUGUGGGUAAGGAGAAUAGCUCCCAGGAUUUGGCAACAAAGUUAUGGCAAAAGCAGAAACUUAACAAUAUGUAUUUGAGCUGGAAAGUUUCAAUAUGUGAGUUUUAGGUUUCAAUAUGUGAAUUUUGGAUUUUGUCAUUUGAAAAUGAUCAAGUCUUGUCAGCGUGUGCCCUCUUUCCUCAUGUUCCCUGGGAAGAGGGCAAGAGUGAGAAGGCCACUGGUUCUGUACCACAGCACGCAAGAUUUAGAAUUCUAGCUCUGUACGUAGUGAGGACCCAGAUUUAGAGAAACUGACCAAUAUUUAUCUCCAGAUUUGUGUGUGUUUCCAAUUCUCUAGGCCAAUAAACCAACAAGACAAAUGAA